AUGUUUUCAUCUUGUAGAUAUUUAUUAAAUAGACUUCCAAAUAGUUUUUCAAGUGGAAUGAUAAAUAAGAAUUUCAAUCCAUUAUUAUAUACCAAUAAAUCAAAUGCAAUCUUUGAAAAUAGAUCACCAAUUAAUAUUUUAAAUGUCAAUAAUAAUAAACAAUACUUUAAUUUUGAAAAACCAAUCGAAAUCAGUGAAAAUAUUGAUAUUAAAUAUUAUGAUAACAACACUAUGGAUGAUAUUUCAGUUGGUCCAUCACCAUUUGAAAUUGAUCCAUUAGUAUUUUCACUUAAACCAAGUAUCAUUAAUGAAAAUAUUAUAAAUGAAAUCAACAUUGUAGAAGAAUCUGAACUUAAUGAAAACACUUAUGAACUUUUAAAGAGAACAUAUCAACCAUCAGUUCUUGUUAGAAAGAGAAGACAUGGUUUUUUAAAGAGAAUGUCAACUGUAGGUGGACGUAGAAUUAUUAAAGAAAGAAUUGCAAGAGGUCGUAGACUUAAUAGUGCUUAA